CAGGGUUACAAAAGAGCUUCCGGAGGAGGAUCCGGUCCCUACAUUAGCGUCGGUGGAUGGGUAAGGAGGGGGCGGGCGCUCAGGUCGGCCUUGGCAACUUGCUUAGGGUCUGGAAGCGCAGGGAGACAUUUUAACCGGGGCCGCCCACGGGCGCUCCUCUGACAGAGAAGGGGAGGAGGCGCGGCGCAGGGAAGGGAGGACUGACUAGGCGUCCCGUCCGGCCAGGAGUCGGAGCAAGGAGUCCUCCUGGGAGUUUCCAGUCCAGGCGGCCAGGACAGCGGUCACGCAGCAGCCAAGAGACGCGCGCAGUUGCUUCUCCAUCCUCCUCCCAGCGCGCUUAUGCCCACACCCCCGGGCGCCCCGCCCUCCGCGGCCUUAUAGAAGGGGCCCGCACCUCGCGCGCCUCGGAGCGACAGGCUUCCCGGAGCCGACGGCGCGGCUGCCUGAAAGCCCAGGCGCCGCGGCCAGAGGAAAGAAGUGAGGCGGCGGCUACGCCCCGCAUCAUGGAGGGCAGCCCAGCCCUAGCCCCAGUCCGGGUGGACACCGACCUUCGCCGCCGCCCGCGCCCCGCCCGCCAGCUCCCGCUGCUGCUCUCCGGGCGCCGUCCUCUCCUCACCUCGAAGCCAACAUGAAGGAGACCCGGGGCGACGGGAGCGCCCCUUUCUGCACCCGCCUCAACCACUCCUACCCGGGCAUGUGGGCGCCCGAGCGCUCCGCCGCGGCGCAGGGCAACCUCACGGGUUUCCGGGACCCCCGCGAGGACUGCGGCUCGGUGUCGGUAGCCUUCCCGAUCACCAUGUUGAUCACCGGCUUCGUGGGCAACGCGCUGGCCAUGCUGCUCGUGUCGCGGAGCUACCGGCGGCGGGAGAGCAAGCGCAAGAAGUCGUUCCUGCUGUGCAUUGGCUGGCUGGCGCUCACGGACCUGGUCGGGCAACUGCUCACCAGCCCGGUGGUCAUCGUCGUGUACCUGUCCAAGCAGCGCUGGGAGCAUCUCGACCCUUCGGGGAGGCUGUGCACCUUCUUCGGCCUGACCAUGACUGUCUUUGGGCUCUCCUCGCUCUUCAUCGCCAGCGCCAUGGCCGUCGAGCGGGCGCUGGCCAUCCGGGCGCCACACUGGUACGCGAGCCACAUGAAGACGCGCGCCACCCGCGCGGUGCUGCUCGGCGUGUGGCUGGCGGUGCUCGUCUUCGCCCUGUUGCCGGUGCUGGGCGUAGGCCAGUACACCAUCCAGUGGCCAGGGACGUGGUGCUUCAUUAGCACCGGGGGAGGGGGCAACGGGACUAGCCCUUCGCACAACUGGGGCAACCUCUUUUUCGCCUCCACCUUUGCCUUCCUGGGGCUCUCGGCGUUGGCCGUCACCUUCGCCUGUAACCUGGCCACCAUUAAGGCCCUGGUGUCCCGCUGCCGGGCCAAGGCCAUGGCGUCGCAGUCCGGCGCCCAGUGGGGUCGGAUCACCACCGAGACGGCCAUCCAGCUCAUGGGGAUCAUGUGCGUGCUGUCGGUCUGCUGGUCGCCGUUGCUGAUAAUGAUGUUGAAAAUGAUCUUCAAUCAGACAUCAGUUGAGCACUGCAAGACUCACACUGAAAAGCUGAAAGAAUGCAACUUCUUCUUAAUAGCUGUUCGCCUGGCUUCACUGAACCAGAUCUUGGAUCCCUGGGUUUAUCUGCUGCUAAGAAAGAUCCUUCUUCGAAAGUUUUGUCAGAUCAGGCACCACACAAACAGCUAUGCCUCCAGCUCCACCUCCUUACCCCACCAGUGCUCCUCAACCUUGAUGUGGAGUGACCAGUUGGAAAGAUAAUGAAAGAACGGAGCUGACUUUUUAUUGAAAUUCCUGCUUCCCUGAGUUUGUGUAUUUCUUCCUACCUGAGAAGGAGAAUUUAUGUUUGAUUUGGAUUGUUUCUUCAUUUUUAUGUUUUUAAAAAAUUUAAUGUUUUUUCUUGCCAGUAAUACCCACUGAAACCAGGUUUAUUAUAAUUUGUGCCUCUGAGUAUUAAAUUGGCUCCUGGGAUUGGGUUUUGAGUACAUAUCUAAGAAGCUGGGCAUGAUUUCACAGAUAAUGAGUGAUUGGUGAAAAAGUGGGGAAAAACCCCCAUUUUCCAGGAGUUUUGCCCCAACUUCCAAUCUUUGCCUGAAUCUUAACCAGUGUGGACAUCUAUACAUUUUAUGGUAGUUUUGAUUUUAUAAUAUGAGUUUGAAAAAAUUAGUAUAAGUUUGCAACAGUGAAAAGUCACCAUUUUGAGAGCAAGAAUUCAAUUAAUAGGGCAUAAACUUUAAUGAGACAGAAGAGGGUGCCAGAUGGAGGCAGGAGGGCACCAUGACAAAAGAUAUCUAUGCUAAACGUGUGAUGAAUGUAUGGGAGAUGUUGUGUCCCUCUGGGCUAAGCUUGGAACUAAACAUCUUUAUGUCUGUAUUCUGGUUAUGUGUCACUGGGUAACUCCACAAUCAACAUAAGUGUUAUUUGUCCUUGAAGACUGAAAGAAGUGGAUGCAGCUAAGGGCUUUCCUGAAGUGUCGCAGGAAACAGUACUGAGGCUAAACGAUUCACGGUGGUGGUAGAGCAAUAAAAAAUCCAGGCACAGCCCUCUGAUUUACCACUAUCCACUCAGGAUUUCUUAAAAAUUUCUUCCCUGGUGGCAUACAAAAAGGCAAAAUUAGUAAGUGACAUAGUUAUUCAAUAUCAACUUUUGUUACUUUUUAUGAAAUAAAGGAAUCUAUUUUGUCUGAAUUGAAAUGAAACAUUCUAUGAACUUUUAACAAAUACUUUUGAGUCAUUGGAUGUCUUUCAGCUCAUGUCCUUACCCGUUUGUAAAUUCAACCAAUCUUUCUUUCUCUUGCCUUUCUUUCCACCCCUGCACCUUCCUCCUUUCUUUUCCUCUCCUCAUUCACUUAACCCAACACAUAUUUAUUGAGUGUCCUUCUUUAAGCACUGUACUAAGGGCCAUGCUGUCACCUACAAGGGUAUCUUAGGAAGACAUGAUAAUAUGGUAUCAGUAGUUUCGCCAUAGGAGCCUGUACUGACUCCAUUGUCAUCUCUGUCAACUAGAUUAAACCAAAAUAGUGAGUCAUUCCUUUAAAUAGUUGAACCAGUUGUGGAUUAGCUGUAAACCACAAUUAUUUUCAUUCAAACUUGUAUUUUAAAUGGCUUUGUGUAACUCACACCACAAUGAUGCUGGACACAAUCCCUUUAUUCCUAUUUAAAUUCAAUGAAUUUUAUUGAGCAAGUGGAAUUUGCCAACAAUCAUAAGAAUGCCAAUGCUUCUGUUACUGCUAUCUGUCCAUCAUCCAUCUAUGUGGGGGUCUAGUUGUCAUAUAUUUUUUAUUUUAUUUUUACAAAAGAGAACCAAGGCUACAGAGGGCUUGCCCAAUGUCACAUGGCUAAUAAAAGUAAGAAUCCAGAUCCAGUGUAAGUUCAUUGAUUACAGGUUUAUUGUUCUUCCUAUAGGACAGUGGGGAUAUGAGGUCUGUUUCAGUGAUAUUGCAUUUAUAAGACAAUGUGAUGGAGUAAUAGAAGCAUGGGUUUUAAAAUGAAACUUGGAUUUAAAUCUGGCUGUGCCACUCACUAGCUCUGUGACCUUGAGAAAUUUAAUUAAUUUCAUUGAAUCUCAAUGAAUUAAUCUAUAAACUAAAGAUAAUAAUACUUACCUGUAUGGUUAUUGUGAUAAUGUAUGUAAAGUGAGUCUAACAUAGUAGAUAUACUCAAUAAGUAUUAACUGCAAUUAAUUCUUCAUCCAGACUUAUCUCCAGCUAUAUAAUAUGAGUUCUCCAUUUCAACUAUAAACUGGCUUCCUGAUUGUGUAGGCUUACAUGUCAUGGACAGAAUCAACUUCAAAUCUCUUGAUGCUAUUCUUGUUUAUAAUACUUCAUGAUUAUUUUUCCCCAUGCAAAACCUACCCAUCUCCCACAUGUGCAAAUUUCACCUUGUCCUUGGGUCUUGAACAAGUAAACUAUCUUUUUUCUCUUCUUACCUCUAUGCCACUCUGAAGUUACACAGUGCUCAUUUUGAUGAUUAUUGUGUUAUUCUUCAAAUAUUUUCAUUAUGUAUGUCUUUUUCCCUUAGCAAAAAUUCUAUUUCAUGGUGGACAGGACCCUUUUCUUAUAUUUUCUUUAUAAGUCUCUUAGCACUAGUGCAGUAUUUGAUACCAAGGAAGAUGCUCCUUACUUGGUAAAUUCUCAACAAAGGUAACAUUUAUAUAUAAUAUUAGCAGUUGCCAAUUUAAAUGAAUGUGAUAGAAAGCCCUUCAUUUCCAUGAUGUUAUUCAACUUGGGAAAUUUAAUGUCAAACUUUCCUGAUUUAAAAAUGCUAAUACAGACAGAAUAAUCACCUGCAGGUUUGAAAAAUAAUGGCUAUUUGGUAAAGAUAUUUCUCACACAAUUAGGAAUGAUCUUUGUCCAAUUAGUUUGAAAUCUGAUGGAAAGAUGAUAUAUGUCACUAUAAAAUAUUUCUGAUGCUUUUGUUUUUAAUCCACAGAAAUGUAUCCAUUCCAUACAAAAUUCCCCAAAAUAAUAAGUGCUGUAACAUAUGUUCUCAAAUAUUCUGGAUCAUGAUCCAUCAACACACUGAUUUUUAACAAGUGCUUUCAUCUUCAUCUUUUAAAUUAUCUUCCAUAAACAUGGAUUCUCAUAAUUUAUGUAAUGAGGUUACAUUGAGAAUGGAACUAGCUCUCAAAAUAAAAUAAAUUUCUCCCAAAAAGAGGUACAUGUGGAGAAAUGGGGCUUGAUCUACAGUUUCAUUCUAAUUAUAGCACCUACUGUAAAGCUCUGUGAUGUACAUAUGCAAAAACUCUGUGAUAUUAAUAUGCUUUGCAGCUGAGUUGUAUAGACCUGGUUCCUGACUACAUGUAAUAUAUCCUGUGUAAUUUUAGACCUGUGACUUUUGUGUUGGAAGAAUGAACUCCUGCCUAUUCCCACCUCCGUCCUAUUGCAGAGUUCAUACAGCACCACCGCAAGCCAGUGUGAAACAAACAAACAAAAACAAACACCCAGCUAUGCUGCUCCCAGGAGAGGUUGGGCCAGGGUAUCGCGAGAAGGAAUGGCAUAUUAAGGAAUGGCAUACAGGGAAUAUUAGGUUUAGAAGAUUAGGUUUCCAUGAGAAGCUACAUUUAUCCAAAUUCUCCCAAGGAGGGAGGAGAAAAUUAGAAUCAUUAUCUUUUAUAUGUAAAUGUGUAUAUAACCUAUAAGUUAUAAGUGGACUUUGGCCCAUGAAGUAUAUGAAAAUUCAGACAGAGUUGAAUUAUUCCACCUUUGCACUGUCUACAAGAAUGACUUUGAAAAUUAAAUAAAUAAUAAAACCCAGGUUAUAAAGGAACAUAUAAACUAUUUAAGAAAACAGAUUUUUUUCCAACAUCUUCAGUAGUUGGACGCACACUCAAAAGAAACCUAUUGUUAAGGCAAUUAUCCAGGUACCCUAAGGAUCUGUAUAAGAUAUACCUUGCUUGAUAUACUUUUAGUAACUAUGAAUACUUAAAUGUUUAAUUGGUAUCUUAAAAAUAUUUGUGCUCAUAUUUUUCAUUAAUCCAGGCUUUUACUGAAUAUUUUGUUAAUUCAAAAUAUCUCUAAGCUAAUCCCAUGGAUAAAAGUGUUUCUCCAUUUCAUUCUAGGGCUUUAUUUUUUUAUUAUCUGACGUGCCUUUUUAUAUAAAAAUAAUUUGUACAAAAUGUAUUUUUAAGAGCUUUUAUAGUGUGUUUUAACAAAAUUCUCAACCAUAUUGUAAGCUCCUUGUGGGCAGGACCCAUGUUGUAUGUAUCUCUUGUACCUACAGAGCCUAGAAGAGUACUAAGCUCAUAGAAAUUACUCAAUAAAAACUUGAUGGAGAGGCUAAGUGGUCA